GAGCUGGGGAAAAGGCACGAUUCAGGUUGAAAGACGACGACGUUGAUGAUUCGGAAUCGGAGUGCCAAAGCUUUGAGAUUUGUUCGGCCACGAUUCAGGGAGACAUGUACCCUGAGACCUAUUUUACUCCGCAGCCCUUACGCGUUGUGCUUGUGUUUCGUCUGCGAACGAGCCUUUUCUGGUGGUGUCAAGAGCAGCGACAUAAAGAUCCCAUCUUACAGAGAGAGAUUGAAAAGUGGGAUUGUUGGAAUCAAGAAAGAUGAUGCUGUUGCUCUGUUUCAGUCCAUGGUUAGAUGUCGUCCUCUUCUUACGGUCACUGAUUUCAGUAAACUGUUUAGUGGUAUUGCUAAAACAAAACAUUAUGAUCUCGUGUUGGAUCUCUGCAAGCGAAUGGAACUUCAAGGGAUUGCUUAUGAUCUCUACACUCUCAACAUUAUGAUCAAUUGCUUCUGCCGUCGUAGUAAACUCGGUUUUGCUUUUUCUGUUAUGGGAAAGAUGUUGAAACUUGGAUAUGAGCCUACCACAGUCACAUUCUCUACUUUGAUUAAUGGUUUAUGUCUCAAGGGUCUAGUUUCCCAAGCUGUGGAGUUGGUUGAUGGUAUGGUGGAAAUGAAGGUUGUUCCAAAUCUCAUCAUACUUAACACUCUUGUCAAUGGUCUUUCUCUCCAAGAUAGGCUGUCCGAAGCAAUGGCUUUGAUUGAUCGAAUGAUGGCUAAUGGAUGUCAACCCGAUCAGUUUACCUAUGGUCCGGUUUUGAACAAAAUGUGUAAGUCAGGGAACCUAGACGAUGCACUCAGACUUUUCAAUGAAAUGGAAAUUAAAGGAUUCAAAGCAAAUGUCAUUACCAACACCUCUCUCAUAGGAGGCUUCUGUAAUGCGGGUAGAUGGGAUGCUGGCGCACAGUUGCUAAGAGAUAUGAUUAAAAGGGAAAUCACACCGGACGUUGUCACUUUCAAUGCGUUGAUUGAUUGUUUUGUGAAAGAGGGAAAGCUUAACGAGGCUAAAGAGUUGUACAAUGAGAUGAUCAAAAGAGGCUUAGAUCCUAAUACCAUUACAUAUAAUUCUUUGAUAUAUGGGUUAUGCGUGGAGAAUCGAUUAGAUGAAGCCAACCAGAUGAUGGAUCUGAUGACUAGCAAAAGUUGCGAUCCUGAUAUCGUAACAUUUACUACCCUUAUAAACGGCUAUUGCAAGGCUAAACGGGUUGAUGAUGGCAUGGAACUAUUCCGCAAAAUGUCUCUGAGAGGUGUGGUUGCUGAUACAGUCACUUAUAGCACUCUCAUCCAAGGGUUUUGUCAUUCAGGAAAGCUUAAUGUCACCAAAGAACUCUUCCAAGAGAUGGUCUCUCAAGGUGCUAAUCCUGAUAUUCUGCUGGAUGGGUUGUGUGACAACGGAGAACUAGAGGAAGCCCUGGAAAUACUUGAUAAAAUGCACAAGUGUAAGAUUGAUUCUGGUAUUGGUAUCUAUAAUAUCAUCAUUCACGGGAUGUGCAAUGCUAGUAAGGUCGAUGAUGCUUGGGAUCUUUUCCGUAGCCUUCCUCUCAAAGGAGUGAAGCCUAAUAUCAGAACAUAUAACAUAAUGAUUGGAGGACUGUGUAAGAAAGGCUCACUGUCUGAAGCAAAUAUGUUGUUUAAAAAGAUGGGAGAUGAUGGGUAUGAGCCAGAUAGUUGUACAUGGAACACAAUAAUCCGAGCUCAUCUCAGAGUCAGUGACAUAAGCAAUUCAGCUAAACUCAUCGAAGAAAUGAAGAGUAGUGGGUUCUCUUCAGAUGCUUCCAUUGUAAAGUUGGUUAUGGAUAUGCUAUCGAGUGGUGAACUGGACAAAAGCUUUCUAGAUAUGCUGUCGGGUCCUUCUCGAGACAAAUCAUCAUUCGUUGGAUUGAAAUAAAAUCUUCUUGGAAGAAUUAUUAUCGAAACAAAUCAUCAUUGCAACACUACGAGCAGGAUCAUCACCGUUACCAAGAUUCUGAGUCUGGUUGCUCCUCUUUCCUCCUGGAUGGAAGGUUCUUGGCAUCUGUGGAUGACUGAUGAGUUUAGAGCUAUUCAUAACAGCCGCUCUUUUGGACAUGAUCUUUCACUUCCCUAGUGAUUGGAGGAAUGCUGCUUCUGAGAAUGCCCUUUUAUGUCUUAUACAGUGUCUUUCACUUCCCUAGUGAUUGGAUGUCUGAUUAUGCCCUUUCUGAGCGUAAUCAGAAACCAAAACACUGACUGGUUCAAUGAACAAAAAACGUAAUUGAUACUUAGUUUUCCUCCAAUAGAGAGCAGCAAUACUGCAAUUUGACGUUAAUGUUUCUUUGUAUGUUAAUGCUUUGCCUCUUUGUUUGAGAGUAGACUAAUCGACAACAUGGAUGAGAAAUAAAAAACAAGUUUCUUGUGUAUCUUCUUUGUAAUUUAU